UUCCCAGAAGCUCAGAGGGCGGGUUGAGGGCCCACGUGCGAGGUGACUGGCGGAGGCUCGGCUGAGCCGCGGAAGGGCGGCUGGGGGCCGCUCCACCUAGAAGUACCACAUCUCCGAGGUUCGUCAGCAGGCAGGCAAAGAAAAAAUAUGGACCCGCUUACCUUCCCAAAACAUAGAGUAACAAGCUCCAUCAAGCAACAUCUGCCACCAAAAUAAAGAGCCGACAAGGAAGCUUCCUGAGUCUCACUGGUGAGAUUUCUCACAGCCUCCAGCUAUGCGUCUCUCUGCCCUGCUGGCCUUGGCAUCUAAGGUCACGCUGCCUCCCUACCACCGCUAUGGAAUGAGCCGCCCAGGCUCCCUGUCAGAAAAGAGGAAGAACCGCCCGUGGAUCAGGCGGCGCCCAGUACUUGUGGAGCCCAUCUCUGAUGAAGACUGGCACCUGUUCUGUGGGGACAUGGUGGAGAUCCUGGAAGGCAAAGAUGCUGGGAAGCAGGGCAAAGUAGUUCAAGUCAUCCGGGAGCGAAAUUGGGUAGUCCUGGAGGGGCUGAACACACAUUUCCGCUAUGUGGGCAGGACCAAGGAUUCUCGGGGAACCAUGAUUCCUAGUGAAGCCCCCUUGCUGCACAACCAGGUUAAACUUGUGGAUCCUGUGGACAGGAAACCCACUGAGAUUGAGUGGAGAUUCACUGAGGCAGGAGAGCGGGUUCGAAUCUCUGCAAGAUCAGGAAGAAUUAUCCCCAAACCCGAAUUUCCUAGAGCUGAUGGCAUCAUCCCUGAAACGUGGAUUGAUGGCCCCAAAGACACAUCCGUGGAAGAUGCCCUGGAAAGGACGUACGUGCCUCGCCUGAAGACACUGGAGGAAGAGGUGAUGGAGGCGAUGGGAAUCCAGGAGACCAGGAGAUACAAGAAAGUCUACUGGUAUUGAGCCUGGGAUAGUAGCUCUCCCUUGUCUGAGCUGUGAAGGCUGAGGUGCCUGUUUCUUGGAUACUAAUAAAGUACCAUGAGUCCUCC